CACGGAGCCGCCUCCCCGCCCAGCGCCGGCCGAGCGGCGGCGGCGGCGGGCCGAGGAGGAAAGAUGGCGGCGGGCUCGGAUCUGCUGGACGAGGUCUUCUUCAACAGCGAGGUGGACGAGAAAGUGGUGAGCGACCUGGUGGGCUCGCUCGAGUCGCAGCUGGCGGCCAGCGCGGCCCACCACCACCACCUCGCGCCCCGCGCGCCCGCCGCCGCGCUCGGGAACCACACCGGAGCCGGAGCGGCCGAGGGCGCGCCCGCCGCGGCGCCGGAGCCGCCCCCCGCAGGGCCCGCCGCCAAGCUGAGCACACUCGAGGCCGGAGCGCCGCCGGGGCCCGGAACCGGGGCCUGCGGCGGGCCCGGGGCCGCGCCAGCCGCCAAGCCCGCCGCCCGCAACGGCCCGCCCGGCGGCCCCGGCGCCGCGCAAACUUUGAAUGGGAGCGCCGCGCUGGGGAACUCACUCCGCGCCGCCGCCGCCGCACCUGCUGUCAGCCUGCUGCACAACGGGCCCCCGCCCGCGCCGCCGCCCAAGCCCGCCGCCGCCACUGUCAUCCAGACACCGCCCUUCCGCGGCGCCCCCGCCGCGCCCGUGCCCCGCGCCCCCUCGCCCCCUGUGCCCCCCGCCGCGUCCCCCGCGCCCCCCGCGUCCGCCGUCGCCCCGCCGCCGCCGCCGCCAGCCGCCGCCAGCCUGGCCCGGCCGGCCGGCCACCCGGCGGGACCCCCAGUGGCCGCGCAGAACGGGGCUAGCGCUGCGCCCGCGCCCGCGCCCGCCCCAGUCCCCGCGCCUGCCCCAGCCCCAGCCCCCGCCCCCGCGCCCCCGCCCGCCCCCGCGCCUGUCCCGGGUCCCGCGCCCUCCCCCGCGCUCUCCCCCGCGCAAGCCGCCAACAGUCAGCCCGGGCCCGCUGCUGCGCCCGGGCCCGCCGCCGCGCCCGUGCAGGUGGCCAAGGCAGACUCACCCAAGACCGCGGUGCAGCCGGCGCCCCCGCCACCACAGACCCUGGCGGCCAGCUGCCCGGCCGGCGCGGGGGCCGGCAUGAUCCUCGGGCCAACUAUGCAAGGGGCGCUGUCCACCGCCACUGGCCUCCCACCUCCCGCCCCCGGCACUCCUACCGGGCUGCCCAAGGGCUCCGCCAGCGCGGUCACCCAGAGUCUGCCUAGGACGCCCUCAGUCACUACCAGCGGUAUCCGGGCCACGCUGACGCCCACGGUCCUGGCCCCUCGUCUGCCACAGCCGCCCCAGAACCCAACGAACAUCCAGAACUUCCAGCUGCCCCCAGGUAUGGUCCUCGUGCGCAGCGAGAACGGGCAGUUGUUAAUGAUCCCUCAGCAGGCCUUGGCCCAGAUGCAGGCCCAGGCCCACGCCCAGGCCCAGCCUCAGACCACCAUGGCACCCCGCCCUGCAACCCCCACAAGUGCCCCACCUGUCCAGAUCUCCACCGUCCAGGCACCUGGGACCCCUAUUAUUGCCCGGCAGGUGACCCCGACGACCAUAAUUAAGCAGGUGUCUCAGGCCCAGACGACGGUACAGCCGGCCGCCGCGCUGCAGCGCUCACCCGGAGUGCAGCCUCAGCUUGUUCUGGGUGGCGCUGCCCAGACAGCUUCAAUUGGGACGGCGGCGGCUGUUCAGACGGGGACACCUCAGCGGACUGUCCCGGGGGCCACCACCACCUCCACAGCUGCCACGGAAACUAUGGAAAACGUGAAGAAAUGUAAGAACUUUCUGUCCACGUUAAUAAAGCUGGCCUCAUCCGGUAAACAGUCCACAGAGACGGCGGCGAAUGUGAAGGAGCUGGUGCAGCACCUGCUGGAUGGAAAAAUCGAAGCGGAAGAUUUCACCAGCCGGCUGUACCGAGAACUUAAUUCUUCACCUCAACCUUACCUUGUGCCUUUCCUGAAGAGGAGCUUGCCCGCCUUGAGACAGCUGACCCCUGACUCCGCAGCCUUCAUCCAGCAGAGCCAGCAGCAGCAGCCGCCUGCCCAGCAGGCCACCACUGCACUCACAGCCGUGGUGCUGAGCAGCUCCGUCCAGCGCACGGCCGGGAAGACGGCGGCCACUGUGACCAGCGCCCUCCAGCCCCCUGUCAUCAGCCUCACGCAGCCCACACAGGUUGGCGUUGGCAAGCAGGGGCAGCCCACGCCGCUGGUGAUCCAGCAGCCGCCCAAGCCCGGAGCACUGAUCCGGCCCCCGCAGGUGACGCUGACGCAGACGCCCAUGGUGGCCCUCCGGCAGCCUCACAACCGCAUCGUGCUGACCACGCCCCAGCAGAUCCAGCUGAACCCACUGCAGCCAGUCCCGGUGGUGAAACCUGCUGUGUUACCCGGAACCAAAGCUCUUUCUGCGGUCUCGGCCCAAGCAGCUGCUGUGCAGAAAAAUAAGCUCAAGGAGCCCGGGGGAGGCUCGUUUCGGGACGACGAUGACAUUAACGACGUGGCAUCGAUGGCUGGAGUAAACCUAUCGGAAGAAAGUGCAAGGAUCUUAGCCACGAACUCUGAGUUGGUGGGCACGCUCACACGGUCCUGCAAAGACGAAACCUUCCUCCUGCCAGCGCCUUUGCAGAGAAGGAUAUUGGAAAUUGGUAAGAAACAUGGCAUAACAGAACUGCACCCCGACGUGGUGAGUUACGUGUCACACGCCACACAACAGAGGCUGCAGAACCUCGUGGAAAAAAUAUCAGAAACGGCUCAGCAGAAGAACUUUUCUCAUAAGGAUGAUGACAGAUAUGAGCAGGCGAGUGAUGUUCGGGCUCAGCUCAAAUUUUUUGAACAACUCGAUCAGAUUGAAAAACAGAGGAAAGAUGAGCAGGAAAGAGAGAUCUUAAUGCGAGCAGCCAAGUCUCGCUCCAGACAAGAGGAUCCAGAACAAUUAAGGCUGAAACAGAAGGCGAAAGAGAUGCAGCAGCAGGAGCUGGCGCAGAUGAGGCAGCGUGACGCCAAUCUCACCGCGCUGGCAGCCAUUGGGCCCCGCAAGAAGCGGAAAGUGGACUCCCCAGGCCCGGGCUCCGGGACCGAGGGGUCCGGCCCGGGCUCUGCAGUCCCCGGCAGCUCCGGCGUGGGAACCCCCCGACAGUUCACACGACAAAGGAUCACGCGGGUCAACCUCAGGGACCUCAUAUUUUGUUUAGAAAAUGAACGCGAGACAAGCCAUUCACUGUUGCUUUAUAAAGCGUUCCUUAAGUAGCACAGGACCUGCGGCAUCUCGUUAGAGACGCCUGGGGACGUUUUUAUAUAUUUGCAGAUUACGCCUUUUUGUAACAAGCAAAUGGGAUAUUGUUUAAAAAACAGCCACCUCUUUGCAAUGGAACCGUUUUAUAUUCCUGUUUCUAAGUCAACUCUUCAGUCCGGAAGAAAACAAGUUUCUGUAACAGAGAAAACAGAGGCCCAUGGGCACUCUUAACGGACAACUAAAUCCUAACUCAUCUUUGAUUGAGUGGCCUUCUUGCCAAACAAGCCAUAUAUAAAAGCUGACAGAAUCGUUUAGCAAAUAAUUAGCUGCCCUAUGUCGCCUCCUAGCGGCUUUUACAUUAUUUGUGCAUUUGGUUUUAGUUCAGCCCCACUUACUGCGUAGGUGUGUGUCUGCAAGCCAAUGACCUCAUUUCAUUUAUUUUAUUUUUGUAUCAGUCAGUUGGCAAAGCAAACUGAUUUUUAGACUAUUUAUCCCCCCCUCCCCAUUCAGCACUCGAGGAACACGGCCCACCACGGCCUCUGGGUGAGUCACUCUCCUGCCUCGCGGAGCCGGCCUGGCGGCUCCCGGAUGUGUGGCCGGCAUCUGUACAAAUGCAUUUUAUUUGCUAUAGUUUGUAAAGCUGUAAAGUUAAAAGAAAUGAAAACCUUUUCAGCAUAAAUAUAUUUUACUUGCACUGUGUUUUUUAGCUAAAAGUGAAAACUUAGAUGAAAUAAAAUCAAAGUUGAGAAGAAUCAUCAAAAGACUUUCUCAGUGUGAAUCAAGUGUUGAGAAUGGCUGGUGUAUUUUGUCAGUAAUUGUACAUACUUUGGCACAUAACAUGAAACGCCUCUGUAAACUGUAAUUAUUUUGCUAAGAGACUGUGUGCGAGCUGUGGGCCCUUUACAGAUGCCCAGAGCAAGCCCCUUCUUUGUACCUAUUUUUUUAUUACAAAUAUACUAAUUGGUUCUUUAUAUUUUCAGAGGUUAUUGUAUUAAAUUGUCUAUUGAUAGUACUUUUAUGACUGUAAAUACUUGGCUUUCUCCGUGGGAACCUCACGGUAGACUAAUUCGCCAGAGUGGGAGCUGAAAGAUCAGUAUUUUUUACCGACACCUGAGAACUGUUACACCUUUUAUUUUGUCUUUUAGGAAAUCCCGUCUUUCCAUUUUUUCAUGUAAAUUUUGCACAGUUACUUGUUCAUAUGUAAAUAUUUUACUUUCAAAAAUGAAGUUUUUAAUUGCUAUUGUUUUAUAUAGGGUUGAAAGAAAAUUAACUCCUUUAUUAAAAACAAAUUUAUCUGUA